CAACGACUUAUGAAAGACACACUUUAUUGCACAAUCAAUAAUAAAACACAACGAUAAAACACCAUGGCCCAAGCCCUCUCUUCUAAAACCAACUGUCCAGCAUGAGUCACAUAAGCAGCGGUACUUAGCUGUCACGGAUGGUGUGACCCCCGUCCCCGGGGUCUGAGCUUCCAACGCCGUCCAACGCCCCGGGGUGUAGCUUGCGAGGACGGCGGGUAAAUCCACAACAUAAGUCCACUGCCAGAGUCCGUAGCGGCAUAUGUCGGCGCGGCCUUGGCAUCACCUAUGCCCAGCCCUAACUGUCUAAAGAAGGCGACCAGCCUUCCCUCCUGGCGCUGGAACACUAAACACCUGUUCAGCUAUCUUCGUCGCCGGCAGCCCUACCCGGCUGCGAACGACCCCACCCCCCAAAGUCCGAUGCCACAAUGACAGGUCGACCACGCACCCCUCUCAGUAGGUCUGUCACCCUUUUAUCCUCCCUGGCCUCGUUAUCCAUAACGAGGACCAGCUGGUGUCCAAUCACCACACCCUCGGAGCUCGGCAGCUUCCAUCUUCUGUCCAUCACAUAACAUUAAGCAAGACUAUUUUAUCAUUUACUCAAUAAACUGUUUUUUGAAACUCCUGCCAUUCAACUUCAGCAUAUUUUGUUGUAGUCUUGUCUUGCUGGCUUUCUGUUCACUUGCCAAAAUACAUUAACAUUUUUGUUUUCUGUGACAUUACAGUGUUUUGACUGAAGAAGCUGCGCACAAGGAGAGAUCAUCCACUGCUUUUCAUCACCUAAAAACGGCCAGUGAAGGCUUCCCACCUGACCUCCUGCACGACCUGUUUGAAGGCGUUGUUCCAGUGGAGAUAGCUCAUUGCUUAAAAGUGUCUGACUAAAGAAACAGAACUGAAAUAUCAGCGGAUCUCCCCAGCCCUUCUGCCAGUGUACAGGUAAUGCAUACAUGGCAUGAGAACUCUGAGUGUGUUGAAAUGUCGCUAUAUUAUUUGAAUCCUGUAUGUUACAGGACCUACAACUUCAGAUGGAGGCAACAGAGAGACUGAAGCUAAGGGUCAUCCUUGAUAAUGAUAAUGCUGAAAGACUUAUUCUGCCAUCUCGCCCAAGCAGUGUACAGGCCCUCAUAGAUGAAAUCAAAACUAGGCUAAAGUUGACUUUUGACUUUAGGCUUCAGUUUGAAGAUCCAGAUUUUGAUCAUGCAUUGUGUAAUUUGGUUGAAAUGGAACACCUCCCAAGCACAGCAUCGGUUAAAAUAAUCAGAUUAGUGGAGCUGGACUUGAUUUCAACCAGCACUAGUGAGACAAGUCUUCUGAACGAUAGCACUGAUGCCAUAGAUUCACCAGAGCGUAUUAGUCGGUGGCCAGAGGUUUUUAUUGUUCCAAAAUUUUCUUAUGAGGUGGAACAUGUGCUAAAGGAAGGUAAUGCAGCAUUUGAAAAAGAUGGGAAACUAAUUAGACUUCCUAGAGAUCAAAAACACAACAUACUCGAGGUAAUGGGGGAAGAAAAUUUUUAAACUGAAGGCAUAUCCUAGUAGCACACAGAUUGGAAAGGCUGCAAAGGCUUUAGUUGAAAAGCAUCCCUGUCUGAAGGAGAACAAUUCUGACACUGGUUGGGAAGGAUGGAAGAAUAGUUUGAGACACAAAAUAGGAAACCAAAGAAAGAAGUUGGCCAAAGCCGGCAUCAGAGAUGUUGCUGUAAACUCUGGAAAACGCAGCAGAACAAACCCAGAAGGAGCUGCACCAAGAGCCAAUAGUAAAAGACCUAAGAGAGGUGAGGUCAACUUCCUUCCCAGUUGUCCUUCUGGAGAAACAAGAGAGUCUCUGGAGAAAAGGAGGGUUGAGAUGAUAGAAGAGUUCCGGAAGACCUCUGCUGAAAGGGACAUUCCACUCAUUCAUCAGCACAUGAUGCGCACUUUUUCCCUGAGACGUGAAGAGAUCAUUACAUCUUCUCUUCCUGUAUCAGAGCUUAAGGACAGAUGGCCAGCUCUCUUUAAUGAGACACAGCUCUACUGUGAAUUUCACCGGAUUACCAAUCUUCAUCUACCACAUGUUUUUUAUGCUGCACUGGAUGAAUAUGCUCCUCGGCUGAUUGGACUUUACAAAAAGAAGAAAACUGGACGGGUUGGUGAAAACAUGGACCAGCUGUUGUUGGAAUAUGAGCAACAGGACAAGAAUGACAUCUGCACAACAAGAACAGCAGCCCUGGCUGGCCUGCCGAUUUACCUCAAGGAGGAUUCUUCAGGCAUUUUCAAAACAUGCAAGGAUGAAAUGGAGUUCCAUGAAGCUGCACUUGCGCUGGUUGCUGAUGUGGGUGAAGAGGAUGUGCCUGCUGGAGUUCCUUUCUCACCACGCCAAGUGUUCGUUGUUCUUGAAGAUCAGGUUGUAAUGACUCAUUACAGAUGGACUGAUGCUUUGGUGUGUUUGUUUGGGCUAAUAUAUGCUCUGCAUCUCAGCUAUCCUGUGAAGUGUAGUAGCUUUUUUGAGUUCAUUCAAGUAGUGUUGCUGAAGCUAGACGAUGAGAGAAAGCAACUCAGACCAAAAUUACAGACACUGAAAAAUGAGCUGGUGUAGAUGGGCUUUGUUUUUCACAUGUUCUUGCUUGUUCAUUAAUCUUUGAAUGGCUUCAAGUCAAUAGUUUUAUAUGUCCAUGUUCUCAGCCUUCUAAAACAGCAAUAUGCUGAAAGCUAAUAAAGAAACAUUUCAAAUACUUGACAUUUUUGUGAUACACUUUUAAGGUAAACUGGGAGGCCACAAGUAUCUUUGAAGAUUUUUUUUACAUAUGUUUAUAUUGACUUCAUCUAUUGCAUUCCUACAAUAUUCAUAAACACUUGUCAUUGUUCCUCUAUGAUAUAUUUGUAUUUAGGUUCAUGUCAGCAAGUUUCAAAGUUCAAUAACUGAUGAUCAGUCCAAAUUGACAUUUGUAAUCACUAUGUUUUAUUGUCAAAUGACAUCUUUCCAUUUUGCCAUUGAGGUUUGGCCACAGCAGUUGAGGACACUAAUCUUUAAGCAAACUGUUGUACAAUAACAGCGUUGAAAUUUAAUAUUGUAUUCCUACAGUAUGUGUUAAUAAUGGCUGAUGACAUCCUUGUAGUUAAGCUUUGUUUGCAUUUUCGUUAGGUGCAUGUCAAUAAAUCUGGAUAUUCUUAAUUAAAAUUCAGGUCAUGAUGGUUAAUGGCAACUAAAAAUACUGGAAUUAUUCUCACGGAACAUUUUAUGUACACACAGUGGAAAAAAGCAUUUAGCAAAUUUGAAAAAAUGUGCAGUUGUUAUCAUUCUGUUUUUUCUGCAGUUCAAGUUAAUAAAACUGAAUGGAGAAAGUC